CACAGCCAGAUGGAGCAGCACUUCUCUGUCCGGAACUCCACCCGCGUCGCCACGGCGUGGGCGGCCAGCCCGGUGGGCCUCCUGGUCCGCGUGGAGGUGCUGGUCAUGGUCAGUUGCGCCCUGCUCGCCACGCUCGUCUUCCUCGGCUCCGGCCGCCGCACCAUCCGCAGCGCCGCCUUCCGCUUCGUGGUCUGGUUGGCGCUGAUGAUGAGCUACCCGGCGGUCUCCUACACGAUCGGGCUCAUGCAGUCCGGCUCCUUCCGCAACGACCUGGUUGUCGUGUGGGCCUGCUUCCUGCUCGGCUGCGCCGACGGCAUCGCCGCAUGCAGCGUCGACGGCUCCGACCAGCAGGCCCGCACCAUGCUCAACCAGGCCGCUCAAGUCAUCUACGUGCUUCUUCUCCUUCUUUCCUACGCCAGUUCUCUGCAGCUGCAGCUGAAAAUCCUGCUGCUGCUGCUCUGGUUGCUGAACGUCGCCAAGCUCGGGAUACGCCUACAGAGUCUUCUCUCAGCUGGCCGGGACCGCGUCCUCACCGCCAACAACUGGCUCAUCUCCAAGUAUAUGGGUCACGAGUACGUGAGCAGCAUCUGGGAUUUCGACCCGGUCACCAUGAGAGGCUACAAGUACGUGGUCACCGGUGAGAAGAAUGUGCAGGACGGCUGCGGGGAGUACAAGCUAGAGGUCACGAACGACCUCGUCACGGUUGACAGAGUGUGGCAAUGCGAGGGGAGUCUGCUAAGAAGCAAGGAAAACACUCGCCCGGACAAGCUGAAAGAUCUGUGCCUCUCCUUUGCCCUGUUCAAGCUGAUCCGGCGCCGCCUCAACGGGAGCCCGCUCCACGAGCCCGGCGACAUCAGGACGCUUGUCUUUGUCCGAAGGGGCCUUGCCGGCGGGGAUCUGUGUGACGAUUAUGAGAGGAUGUACCGGGUGAUCGAGGUGGAGCUGGGCUUUCUGUUCGACUUCUUCUACGCAAGGUACCCCUCGCCAAAGCAGACUCUGAUCCCGGAGACGGCCACGUUCGUGACGGCCGUGGCGCUGAGCCUGUCCACUCUCUUCUCCCCGGCGUUGCUGCACUACCGUAAUCCUCGGGGCAAUAUCAACCUCAUCACAACUACAGGCCUCGACAUCUGGUUGGCUAGAUCUGUGAUAGUCCUGUUCCUGAUCCUGGAGAUGUUCCAGUACUUGUCGCUGGUGUUGUCGGACUGGCACAAGGUGAAGAUGCUGUGCCGGUACGUGCGCAAACCGUCGUGGCAAGGGCGGCCCGUCUUGGAGAUGCUUCUGUGGUUGAUGUGCCGUGCUACGCUAACAAGAAGGUACUGGAGCGACUCGAACGAGAGUUCCUGCCUCCUACGCAUGCCGCUCCACAGAUGGAUCAAGGGGCUCGUGAUGGAAACAAGGACGGUGACACGGCGGAGCCUGCCCGCGACGGUGAAGCGUGCAAUCCACGCGUUACUCCGGUCGGAGUGGCUGUCGAAUGUCAAGUACGGCGACCGCACACUGCAGAGGAACAACAUGCUACAGGAUUUCGAUUGGUCCACCUCAAGGUAUCCGUACGGCGCCGUGGGCAGCAUCCUGAUUUGGCACAUCGCCACCACAAUUUGUGACGCCGAGCUGUCCAAGCGGCUUGUCGCCGGCGGCAGGUCACGGCCCCGUACGGGCGACGGCAUCACCGACAGUCGCGAGGUGGCCACUACGCUCUCCAACUACUGCGCCUACCUGCUCUUCCAAGCGCCCGAGCUGGUGACGAACGAGAUCUACGACGAGCGGCUAUUGAUGGAAGCCCUGCAGAGUAGAAUUCAGCAAUACCUCAAAGGUUGCCGUUCCAAGGAUGACAUGUUCGACAAGUUGUCCGGAUUCCAACCCAGCGAGGAGGAGAGUGCCCGAAAUGUGGGUGGAGGCGUGGAGCUGCUGCUGACUGUGACGCCCUCAGAUUGCGUGACGGGCCACGUCAAGAAGCUGGCCACCGGCGGCGAGCUCAUCACCCACCUCUGGGCUUUGUUGACGCACGGCGGAAUCAUCAAGAAGCCAACGAAACCGUACUACGGCCCUAAAAGUUCGGAUGUGUGAUGAGUCGUACACCGCUAUCAACUAUGACAUGGAAAGUC